UUCAGUCGCCGGCGUUUACAUCAUGGUGACUGACGCUGUACGAGGAGCGACUGUGUAGAAAACUUCUGAUUCAAGCAUGAAGUGUUAGGACUGUAACAGUACAUUUCAAGGAUUUCUGACAAAGGUUGUAGCCUUUGUAUGUUUCAUGACCGAAAACCAUGACUGCCAACGAAGAUCAAGAGAUGGAGCUGGAGGCUCUUAGGUCUAUUUACGAAGGAGACGACUGCUUCAAGGAAGUCAGCCCCACGUCGUUUCAAUUUAGAAUAGGAGACCAUGAAGACCCCAAAGCGUUUCUUUUGGAUGUCUUAUGGCCUGAAUCAUAUCCUGAAACUGCCCCUCAGAUGUCCUUACAAGCCUUUUUCAACAACAGAUUAUCUCCGAGCACCAAGCAGGAGAUCAUCUCCAAGCUGGAGGAGCAGGCGGAGGCCAACCUGGGCUGCGCCAUGAUGUACACGCUGUUCGAGUGGGCCAAGGAGAACCAGGCCGACCUCAUGGAGAACCACCAGCCACUCAAGGAAGCCGUGAUGGGUAGUUGGAGCGAGGCAGAACUCAUGGAGACUCCCCAGCCACUUAAAGACGAGGUGGCAACCGACAAAGACACAGAGGCACCCAAACAGAUAGAGGAGACUGUGAGUAAGAAAAAAGAGAAGAAGGAACAGCUGACCAAAGCACAGAAGAGGAAAAUGGUCGCAAGAACAGACAAUAAAGGAGAGCUUCCUCGCGGCUGGAACUGGGUGGAUGUUGUCAAGGUAAAGACAGCAAUGGCUGUUUAAUAAGUCAUCAUUUUUUGCUGAUCAUAUACCAUUGACGGUUUUCAACAUGUAGCACGUCAUGUCAAUUAUUAUAAUGUAAUGCCACUAGGGGGCAUUAAGUCUGCUGACAUUGCUGUCAUUGACCUGUCAACCUUUGCUUCUGUGUUCUUCCUCUCUCAAUGCCUAUUACACCACUCCAGCACGUAAGUUAAGUUUCAUAUUGUUAAAUCGUAAAAUAUGCUACUAAAUAUUGUAUGCCAUGCUUUCUACAGUAGUUAAUGAUGUCACUCAACUUUGUCCUUGCCAUUUUGACAGCUGAGUAAAACUGGAGGUGGUGGUGGAGAUGACUAGAAGAAUGCUGCACAGGACAGGAAACGGAAAAGGACAAGGGAAUCGCAGACCAGGCCUGUCGAGAGCAGAAGGAGACAAUGGGCAUCUCUUGUUUUCUGAAGGCUGUGCAGUUGUGUUGAAACUGCCCGCUUGUCUUACUCUGGACGAGUCAGGCAUAAGAAACUCAGUCAGCGGGAUUGAAGAUCCUUCAGAGGACUGAUGACUGACUCUCUCUCUCUCUCUCUCUCUCUCUCUCUCUCUCUCUCUCUCUCUCUCUCUCUCUCUCUCAUUGUCCCUGUCAGAGGACAUUGCGGCCACCACCUUUUUAAUAUAAUUUCAGCAAGGGGUUGGCUGAGCUGUGUCAAACAGCUUUGCUUGUAUCCCCACUUUUUGCUGUUGGGGCUUUUUUUUGCCAUUUUAUUUGGGAUGACCCUUCUUUAUGGCUGUGAAUGGUCUGUUUUUGCUGACAGUUGUGCGUGUAUGUAUGCGUGCACUCGUUUAUGAGACAGAUUAUGUCUGUCAGUGAAGUUGUGUGCUUGUAUCCAAGUGAAUUUGUGUGAGUGCGUGAGUGUGUGUGAGACUAAGAGAACUUGAGUGUGCCCGUAUGUUUUAUAAGGUCCCUUUUGCAGUAAAUAAUGACAGUGCCAUACAAAUGUAUCGGUGAAAUCACUAUAACACACAAGGCUGCCAGUCCCAUAUUCCAAAGGUCCUACACAGACUCUAUCUCGCCUACCUCAAAUGUUCAGGUGAAGAAAAGUUAAGUGUUCAGACACAAAGGUAUAAAAGUACAUGACGAAUUGGCCCUUGUUCUUUGAGCUUCAGUGCUAGAUGAAAUUGUGAGAAUGUUUGCUAUGUGUAUUUAUUUAAAUGAUACCCUGGCUGUAAACUGAUAGUGUUGAUGAUAAUUAUUGAAAAGAAUAAUUGAGAUGGAAAUAUGGACCCGUCAAGGUUUGACACUUGUAUGUUACACGCGAAACCAACACUUUUGAAAAAUAAAAAAAAUACUUGAUAUUG